AUGCUCCACUUACAAGGCCUACAGAUGCUGCAGAUGCUAGAAAAAUCCUUGAGGAAGAGCAUCCCUGAAUCCUUAAAGGUUUAUGGGACCAUCUUCCACAUAAACCAGGGAAACCCUUUCAAGCUAAAGGCUCUGGUGGACAAGUGGCCUGAUUUUAAUACUGUGGUUAUCCGCCCUCAGGAGCAGGAGAUGACAGAUGACCUUGAUCACUACACCAAUGCUUAUCAAGUCUACUCCAAGGACCCUAAGAAGUGUCACGAAUUCCUUGGCUCACCAGAAGUCAUCAACUGGAAGCAACAUCUGCAGAUUCAAAGUACACAGUCCAGCUUGGAUGAUGUGAUAAAAAAUCUUGCAGCUAUCAAAUUGGGCAAGGUCAACCAAACACAAUGCUUUCUCUAUAUGGCCUCUGAGGCAGGAAAGAAAUUGGUUACUUCUCUGGUGGAGGAAAAGAGUUUAUCAGUCAAUGGUGAUAAACCCAAAUCCGGCCACCAAAAGAUGUUGACACUCUCAACCCUGGAUCCUGCCCAUGCUGUCUUGGUGAAUAAACUCUGGUAUUUUGGUGGCAAUGAAAGGAGCCGGAGGUUCAUCGAGCGCUGUAUCCAGACCUUCCCCAGCUCAUGCCUGCUGGGGCCCGAGGGGACCCCUGUGUCCUGGAUGCUGAUGGACCAGACAGGAGAGCUGCGGAUGGCAGGCACCCUGCCUGAGUACCGGGCCAAGGGGCUCAUCUCCUACCUCUCCUGUGUCCAUGUCCAGACUCUGGACAAACUUGGGUUCCCCUUGUAUUCCCACGUCGACAAGGCCAAUCACAUCAUGCAAAGGGUAUGCUCCAACAUGCAGAGUAUCUUUGUGCCCUGUGGCUGGAACCAAUGGAACUUCGUGCCUCUGUAA